AUGCAGUUCACUUAUUUUUCCACUCAGAUUCCAGUUCUCCGAUGCACCCCAUGCGGUCCACCUCCACCUGUUGAGUCAGUCCAUUUCAAUGGCAAUCGUCACGCUUGCCCUCAACUCACGCUGCGACGACUGCCUCAGGCGACUCCUGAGGCUCAAGCUGAGACUCGAACAUCAGUCUUGGCUUCUGCACUCACUUCCAUCGCCAUAGAUUCGCAAGAUCCUGACAAUGCUUCCAAUGAAUCUGACGCAUCAGGCAUUUCGGUUCACUUUUUAAAGUCACACCUCAACCGCGGAGGUCUUAACACCCUAACUAUUGAGCUGAAACGAGAUGCCUCUGGCAAGCCACUUGACACUAUCCCUGAGGUUUGUGUGCUUAAAAAGACGAUUUUCCACUUAUUGCCAGCUAACCCUUAG